AUGGGCUGUUUGCAUUCCAAAACUACUCAUCUUCCUUCUCCUGAUGAUCCAUCACUUCCAAACAAACCAGAAUCAGUAAAUGAGGACCAAGUGGAUCAGGAGCAUCAAGUUCCAUGUUUCAAAGAGUUUGAGUUAAGUGAAUUGAAGAAAGUAACAAAUGGGUUUAGUCCAAGUUGUAUUGUCUCUGAAGGUGGAGAGAAAGCUCCUAAUGUUGUUUACAGAGGAAAUCUCGAAGGCAAUCGUCUUGUCGCCAUUAAACGAUUCUCUAAACAGUCUUGGCCUGAUGCUCAACAGUUUGUGGCGGAGGCGACUGGUGUUGGAAAGCUUCGAUUUAACAGAUUGGUUAAUCUGAUUGGUUGUUGCGCUGAAGGAGACGAGAGAUUGUUGGUAGCUGAGUAUAUGCCUAAUGACACUCUCUCGAAGCAUCUUUUUCACUGGGAAAAACAGCCACUACCAUGGGAAAUGCGUGUUCGAGUUGCGGAUUUUAUCGCACAAGCACUUGAUCACUGUAAACACGAAAACCAAAAGAUCUAUCAUGAUUUAAAUGCAUACAGAAUCCUCUUUGAUGAAGAAGGCGAUCCUCGUCUAUCAACUUUUGGUCUUAUGAAGAAUAGUAGAGAUGGAAAAAGCUAUAGUACCAACUUAGCUUAUACUCCACCUGAGUUUUUAAGAACAGGUAGAGUCAUUCCUGAAAGUGUGAUUUACAGUUAUGGAACUAUUCUGUUAGAUCUUUUAAGCGGCAAACACAUUCCACCGAGUCAUGCUCUUGAUAUAAUAAGAGGGAAAAACGCGUUGCUACUUAUGGAUUCAUCACUUGAAGGGCAAUAUGAGAAUGGAGACGCGACUAAACUUGUUGAUCUUGCUUCAAAAUGUCUUCAAUCCGAGGCAAAAGACCGACCUGAUACUAAAUUUCUUCUCUCUUCAGUGGCACCACUACAAAAGCAGAAAGAGAUUGCAUCUCAUGUGUUGAUGGGUUUGCCUAAGAAUACAGUUAUACUACCAACUCUGCUUUCUCCUCUCGGAAAGGCUUGUUCACGUAUGGAUCUCGCGGCUGUACACGAGAUUUUGCUUAAAACCGGUUACAGAGACGAGGAAGGAGCAGAGAACGAGCUUUCAUUUCAAGAAUGGACACAACAAGUUCAAGAAAUGCUCAACACUAAGAAGUUCGGAGACAUUGCUUUCAGAGACAAAGAUUUCAAGAACGCGAUUGAAUGCUAUUCAAAGUUGGUGGUUAUGAUGUCUGUUCCAUCUGCUACGGUUUUCGCAAGACGGGCUUUCUCGUACUUGAUGACGGAUCAACAAGAACUUGCGCUGAGAGACGCAAUGCAAGCUCAAGUGUGUAUACCAGAGUGGCCUACUGCGUUUUACUUGCAGGCUUUAGCGCUUUCGAAGCUUGGAAUGGAGACUGAUGCUAAUGAUAUGCUUAACGAUGGUGCUGCAUUCGAAGCUAAGCGGCAACAACAGAACAGUUGGCGUUGUUGA